GAAGGCGCCAAAAUCGAAAAGUGUUUUUUUUCCUGCUAGCAGAGAGAAAGCUAAACACUUCUCCGAGAGUUAAACUUUAGGGAUUUUACUAACUUGAAGCGCUUACCUGAAAAUGGACCCGAGUCACCCAACAACACAGUUCUUCUCCAAACUGAGAAAACUGGCAGCGACUCUUGAGUCAGAAACUGCCAAACUUCAACACACCUUUGAAAACCGCCACAAAGAAGCUGACAGCGAAACCACAGCGAGAGCAAUGAGAGGAUAUCAUGAACUGAACGCGGACAUCGGGAACCUGAAGGGGCAGAUCCAGGAUCAGUUGUCUCAGCAGAAAACUCGGGUGAACGAGGCGAGCGAUUUCAUUAAGUCCUGUAGAGCGAUGGAGAUGAAGGUCUCUAAGGACAUCCAGACAGUGAGGAGACACUGGGAGAAAUAUGGCUACCAAGCUCCUGGCAACACCCAGCGGCCAAACAAGACGAACGGUCAGGAGACGGACGCUGACGGUGAAACUAACUCGGAGGAAGACGAAGACGGAUGCCAGGAGGAGGACGAGGACCAGGAUGGACACUUCUCAUCACCUCCAAAACCAGAGCAGCCCGUCGGUGAUGUCCUGCAAACCCCGCAGCCCUCCGACUUCGGCCUGUCGGACAUCCAGCUGAAGCGGGCGCUGGCCGGUGGGGCUGACUGGUGUCCCGAGGCGCCCCCCAUGCCUGAGAUGAGCCUCCCGCACCCUGCGCUCAACACGCCGGUGCCGCCCAUGGCCAUGACGCCCAAAUGGGCCCUGCGCAUGGACGACGACGAGCUGCAGACGCCUCAGAUGCACGACUUUGGCAUCGCGGAGAACACAAUGUGUCUGAACAACGACUUCACUAUGGCUUUGUUCCAGAAGAACGUUGAUAAGCCCAAAAGAGAAACACAAGACAUUCCUACACCAGUGAAUUCUAUUAUGGAGAAUUUGCAGACAAAAGCUAAUAUCUUAGAGUCCCCGGAGAUGCCUGUGCUUUCUACCCUGGGUUUCAAAAUAAAAAAGUCCAACGGUCAAUGCUCCCCACCUGCACAAGCCGGUGGCGUCCCAGAAUCCCCCCAUCGCCCCGGCAACCUGCCUACGUCCCCCGAGGUCCCCGUGUUUCAGACGCCGUACAUGAAACGACUGGUCAGCAGCAAGAAGCGGCAGCUCGAGCCCGUCACUAUACAAACCUUUGAUGAAAGCCACAACUUCGAACUUCCGACGCCACCUCGUAACGGGACGACCGGCUCCAAGUGUAGCUGGGAGUACGACGUGCCGGAGAUUUCCAUCCUGGGUGCGGACGACAGGAAAAUGCCCGAGAUGCCAAACCUGGAGUCUGUUUUAGGAAAUUCUUUACAAAGCAAAAAUGCUAAAAUCCUGAAGAUGAGUGAGCAUGAAAAAUUAGCCGGGGACCCUGUUAUCAGCAGUCUGGAGCUGGACGGACCCACCCAGGAGUUCACUUUGGGGACACCUCGCAUCCGGACGAGCUACGACGAACCCAGGACCCCGGAGAUGCCGGACCUCAGCUCUGUGACACAGGACAUCUGUAAACUUUUGUCUCAGGCUCAGAUGAAGAGGACAGAAGUAGCUGUUGUUCAGCCAAACAUCAGGGCAGAAAAAGACAGACGCAGUCCUUCCCCACAGAUCUUAUCCACCGUGUCGGAGACAGAGUUCCAGAGUUUACCCGGAUACUUGAGGCAGAUGACUCUCAGUAACCUGAACAAGGCCGUUCUCAACAUCAACAGCUUCAUAGAGCAGCACGGACAAGCUGCAGACUUCCAGAUGGAGCAGCUGAAGAGCAUCAUCAGCGUCGGCGCCAAAGCCCCCGUUUACAUCCUGUGUCUGACUGAGCUCCAGAGGCUGAAGCAGGUGGGCGGAGUCAGAAACACGUCCGUGUACAAACUCGUCACGCACAACUAAAGGUUGUGAGACCGACAAUAAUCUCACCCGGAUUCAGGAAAACACUGAGUCUUUUAAGAAAUCUAAUUUAUGUGCACGUUUAAUUUCAGUCUCGUCUGCUCAGAACCAGAAAACGCAGGUCGCUAGUUUUAGGUUAUAAAUAGUUCUGGUGCAUGUUGUGACUCUAAAAUGCAUUUAGGUUUUUAUGUGUAUGAAAACAGUUUAUAGUUAAUUCACAAGAUAUUUCAAAACACAAUAUGAAAGCUGGUUAUCUAGGUAUAUAAGUGUGUAGUACAGUAUGUAAGAUACCGACAUAACUAUAAUAAAUAUACAACUCUUGAUGGAUAAAAACCUCCUGAUUUACAAAAUCCACCUGUGUUAAGUGUAGAACAUGUUUAGUGGGUGUUCAACAACAGAAAUGCACUAACAACACAUCCAACAGUAAUUGUGUUCAAGAAUCUGUUUUAUUUCACAUUGAUGACCAGUGUUUAAUGUCGUAACAUGUAAACUUAUUCACCACAUCUCUUCAUGUGU